AUGUCGGCUCCGAGUCGCCGGCGUAACGGCUCGCAAGCCUCUUGUGAGCCCUGCCGCAAGGGCAAGAUCCGCUGCGAUCACCAGAAGCCCAUCUGUGGAUCCUGUCGACGACGGCGGCUGGAAUCACAAUGCUGGUAUCACCCUGCGCCAUUGACGAAGCGGCGAGCGUCUCAGCAGUUGACUCCUACGAGCCCUCUGACACAACGAGCCGACGAAUCGAGGGCCGUGCAAGACCCCGACGAACCCGUGGACUCCACUUUCCAGAGGCCAGCCGGACGUGAACCCUCUUUCAAGACAUGGCCUUUCAUGUCAUCUUUCUCCACCGAAACUCCGCCGCUGCCAGUCCUUUAUGAGAUCUAUGACGAGAGAACUCAGGCGGAGCAGCUAGCCCAGACGGAAGAGAUUGUCACACAGCUCAAGGACCUUUCCGUAAUCGAGAGGAUCAUCCAUGAGUACUACUCGUUCGCCCAGGUCGCGCUGGUGCGAAAGCCGAUCCUCAUGAAGCUAUUGGAGCUCCUUUGCAAGAGCCCUAUAACAGCGCCCUUUGUGACUGGGCAAAGAUCGUCGGAAGAUCUCAGACGCCUGGCCCAGAAUGUGUUGCGAACAACUGCAUCGCCGGUCACUGUCGUAGAAUCCUUGGACGUCGAGGGGUUUUGUUCUCUCUUCUGCGGAAAGAGCCUGAGGAUCGAAGUCCUGGGAUGUCUGUAUGCCCUCGCAGCCCGGAUCUCACUGUAUCGGCUCAGUGAGGACCCGGACAGGACCGAUGACUUCAUCCGUCGCAUGACAAGGUGCGCGCAGCUUAGCAACAGGUUGUUCAGAGAGGUCUCGUCGCAACCGAAUGAUGUCAGUAUAUGGAUGGCACACGAAGUGAUGGGACUGACAGACUUAAUGGAAGGAGAUGCUAGUCUGAGAGCUUGGAGACAGAUUGGCGACAUCGCCACCGAUCUAUACGCGUUUGGCUUGAACCGCGAGGCCAGCUACACGACCGACUCGGCACCUUUCUUCCUGAGAGAAACUCGCCGUGAGGUAUUUGUUAGGAUCUACCACAUCGACAAGCUCUACGCCACCGUGUUCAACCGCCCGCCUCAGUUGUCUUCACGCUUCAAAGACUGCCGGGCGCCCUUCGACCUACCGGAUGACGUCCUCUUCUCUUCAGAUUAUGCGGCCCUCAUACGAGAACGAGAUGAAUUGACAGAUGACGGAUGGAACAAGGACCAAGGGUACAGGAACACUACAUGGGCUCGAAUGCGGUAUAUCAUGGCCGACUUUAUGGAGGAGACUUGUGAAUGUCAAUUCAGGACCAUUCAACCAAGUGACCACCCCAAGCUAAGGGAUAUAUCUCGUCGAUGCCAUGAGGCGUGGAAUGCCUUGCCGUCACACUUGCGGUAUACUCCGGAUUGCUGGCACUCCAAGCUAGCCCGAAAUGCCUGCCUGAUCCUCGCAAAGGCCUAUCUUCAGUUUCUUCACAUCCAGUUUCAGCUAUACCGCCUCAUCGACGAGGGCAGCCCACCCUCGCCCGAGCUUCUGAGAACAUCAUCUGCGAUGCUCAAAACCGUCGUACAAAUUGAGAAGGUGUUGCCAAGGGCCUUCUCAUCGCCUCGAGAAUUGCCUGGCAUGAUACUUUGCUACGGCAUGCCAACAGCUGUCAUUCUGGUGACGGCUCUCCAAGACGCCCUCCAGGACCCAUCGAAGACCUUGCCUCCCGGGCUAAGCAAAUCGAGCAUCAUACGCAAUCUGUCUGUUCUGAUCUGUCAGCUCGAGACUGCCACCCAUCAGGAAGAAGCCAACCAUACCGUAUGCAUCCAAGCUGCCAAGGCCCUUUCGAGGAAACUAGACCAAAUAUUGGACGAGUCCGCAGUUCCCGAGCCAGUAACACCGACAAGUGCUGAUGCGUCCGCUGGUCAUACUGUCCCUGCGCUAUCAACUCCUGCGCAUGCUGUACCGAUUGGUAUCGGGCAGGCGACAGACCUGGAUGCCGUACUGCUCAACCCGACUUUCGACGACUUCGAUCUUGAGAACUGGGCCGUUGACCUUGACCUGGGUGCCGCGAAUAGCGGGUGGGAAAUGUUUUAG